GCCAUCUCGUUUUUAAACUUUCCAUCUCUUCGCCAGCUGUUCGUCGUGCUCUUGUUGGAAAAAAACAUUCAGGUUUCUUGCUGAUCUGUGAAAAUGACGAAAACAAUUUCCUUAGUUUUGUUUUUCAGCGCAUUGGUCGCUAUUGCUUACUCAGAAUCUCCCUUGCCAUUUGGACCGAGCCAAGGAGCAACUCCGCUAGGACAACAACCACCUGCGGCAAAUGAAGGAGCUGAGAAUCCUUGCCUCUUGAAACCCAGAAACGGCAUGUGCCUCGCCUAUAUCCCAAGCUGGUUCUAUAAUGCUUCUUCGGGAAGUUGCCAAGAUUUCAUCUGGGGAGGAUGUGACGGAAAUGCAAACAGGUUCUGGACGGAGGAGGAUUGCAUGAAACGAUGCGGCGGAACUGUCGCAGGCUCUGACUCAUCUGAAAAUGAUUCGUCAAAUCCCGCAUCUGAAGAAGUCGAUACAUCUAACAGUGAACCAACCAAUCAAGAGUCUUCCGAAAUCUCCACUCCCGCUUCAGAAGAAGCCGGAACUCAAGAAACCGGAAAAUCCGAAGAAUCCGGAGAGUCUUCUCCAGACAUGUGUAAACAACCCGCAGUACCUGGAAAAUGCAGAGCAUUUUUGCCCAGAUUUUAUUUCAAUGACGAAAAUGGAAAGUGCGAAUCCUUUAUUUACGGAGGCUGCGACGGAAACUUAAAUAACUUUAAAUCCGAAGAAGAAUGCGAAAAAAGUUGUCAUUUUCCGAGACAAGAAAAAUAGCCAGCGAAUUUUUGGAAUCUUCAGAGGAUAAGACAUCAAAAUCAAAACAUUUCCAUUGAGUCAUUUUUACUGUAAACUAUUUAUUGUUGAACUUCACCACUGUAUCUUGAUUCACUUUGAACCCAAAUGUUUUAAUAAAAAUGUUAUUCUUUCA